UACUGAGUGCCGGGCGGGGGCGGGGCCUGCAGUGUGACGUGUAACUAUGGAUCCCGUGUUGUACAUUGUAGCGGCGGCGCUGCUGGCCGGGCUGCUGUUCUUCGCUAUCAAACUCCGGGGCAACGUACAGCAAGCUGAUCAGGAACAACAACAGAAUGUGGCGGCAGCAGUGGCAGCAAGGCCUCGCCCACAGCCAGUGGAUCGGGCAGAGGGGAUGCCGAGACCCAGGAGAAACAGAAUGAUGGCUCAGAGGCGCGCCCAGCACUUAGAGGAGGAGAGGGAAGCGGUAGAAGAAGAUGCAGAUGAGACUCCAGAGACCCAAGCCCAUGGGAAAAUGGGUGCCAAAAAGAUGAAGAAACUGGAAGAGAAACAAGCAAGGAAAGCUCAACGAGAGGCGGAAGAAGCAGAAAGAGAAGAGCGCAAAAAGAUGGAACUAAAACGGGAGGAAGAAAGACGCAAGGAAGAGGAACGCGAACGAAUGGAAGAAGAAAAAAGGGAGGAGGAAGAGCGCAAAGCCAAGGAGGAGCAGGAGAAGAGGGAGUAUGAGGAGUACCUGAAGCUGAAGGAGAGCUUUGUGGUGGAAGAGGAGGGUGUGCAAGAGGCAAUGAGCGAAGAAGAGUCCCGAAGCUUUCUCACGGAGUUCAUCAACUACAUCAAGACAUCGAAGGUGGUUAUUUUGGAAGACCUGGGGGCACAUUUUGGGCUAAGGGCACAGGAUGCCAUCAGCAGGAUACACGACUUGCUGGCCGAUGGCUCUAUAACAGGUGUCAUUGAUGACCGGGGCAAAUUCAUCUACAUCACCCCAGAAGAAAUGGCUGCUGUAGCCCGGUUUAUCAGACAGAGGGGCCGCGUCUCCAUCUCCGAGCUGGCCCAGGCCAGCAACAAACUCAUUAACUUGGCCCCUGAUGCCAGUUCUGUGCCCCUGGAAGUCUCCUGAAAGAACAGAAUUCAGACCUGCAAAGAACAACUCAGACCCCCGGGGACUUUUAUUAAAGGGAUGGGAACUUGUUUGGUUGGUAAAAGUACAUUAAUAUUCAGCUAUUAAACAGGUUCAAGUGA